AUGGAAACAGGAAGGAUAAAUGAUACGGGUACUGAGAAGAGGAUUACAAUUGCGGAGAAAAAGUUGAAGGAUGACGAUAUUGAAGCAGAAGAAGCAGAAGAAGAAGCAGAAGGAGCAGCAGAUGGAGCAGCAGGAGCAGCAGAAGGAGCAGCAGAAGGAGCAGCAGGAGAAGGAGGAGGAGCAGGAGGAGGAGCAGAAGGAGAAGGAGGGGGAGCAGGAGGAGGAGCAGAAGGAGAAGGGGGAGGAGAAGGAGGAUGA